AUGAGUGAACCUGCUAAGAUACUGGAUAUAAACUCUGACCCUAAUCUUGCAAAUAUUGGGACGACCCGAGCGGAUAAUGCACCUGCAUUCCGAAAUCCUACACCAUCGACAUCUACGGGAAAUGUCGGUCCACCAAUGUUACCACCAAGGCCGACUCUGGCUCAGCCCAGUUAUGUGAAUAAUAUGACCAGUGGAAUGUAUGGCACGGGUGGUUCGUAUGGCAUGGGUUAUGGUAACUAUGGAUAUAACUAUGGUGGAUUAGGAGGGUAUGGCAUGAGCUCUUAUGGUAUGGGAGGAAUGGGUGGUAUUGGAGGUAUGGCACCGUACGGCAGUUACAAUCGUUACCCCAUGGAUAUUGAAAAUAGGUUCAUUCAAAUGGCAGAAGAAAGUUCGCGGCCAGCAUUUGACUCAAUACAAAGCGUGGUAAAUGCAUUUGGCAGCAUAGCUAUGAUGAUGGAGAGUACUUUCUUUGCCCUGACUAGCUCAUUUCGAGCUAUAUUAGGAGUGGCAGAAAACUUUGGAAGGUUGAGAUCUCUAUUUGCACAGUUUUGGUCAACUUUUGCUGUUGUACGGACACUUAACUGGCUUGUUCGUAAAUUGUUAGUCCUACUAGGUAUUCGGACAGAGUGUGAAUUUAAGGCCUGGGCUGAAGCAGUCGCUGCCACCCAGUCUGGUACAGCGACACCUCAACAAAAAGCAAAGGGAUCUAGCUGGCCCAUAUUACUAUUCUUUGGGGUUAUUGCUGCUGCUCCUUACAUUGUUUUGAAGAUGAUAAAUGGCCUCUCAUCUAGCAUAAAUGAGAGAUUACACGAUCCAAACACAUGGCAAAACCCUCUACGUGCCGUUGGACAACAUGACUUCCAAGCGACUUCACCUCAAGAGAUCAGUUUCCAUGCCAACCAGGUUCUCUUUAUUGCCCCACAGCACCUACAAGGAAAUCUAUGGAAUUCCGGCUGGCUAAUGGCCACCACGGAUAAACAGUUUGCCGGACUAGUACCAGUUAAUUACAUUAAAGUUAUCAAACCUGUCGAAAAAGAUGCGAAUGAUAGCAAUUUGGAGCAAUGCUAUCAGCAGGGGGUCUAA